AUGGGUGAUUGGAUUCAUUGUAAUGUAUGCAUUCGUAUGCCAUCUCAAGGUAACGAACAGUAUCCAUUUUAUUUCACAUCAUGUGGUCAUAUUAUUUGUGGUAAAUGCUACGAAGCAGCUCCUCAAGAUCAUUGCAUGCGAUGUAGCAAGCAUGCUAAUGCAGUGAAAAUUAAUCGGAAUCUUCGGAGCGAUUUGCAAAUGUAUUUUCGAAAUCCAAAAGAAUUAUUGGAACAAUAUGUGAAAAAUUUAAAUGCAGUUUUGGAUUUCCAAAGUAGCCAUCGUCAACAUUUACAAAAGGCCAAGCAGGAACAGGCAGCAGAAGAAAGCAAUGAAAUACGUAAUAUCAGCGCAACUCGUAAUGAAGCAGAAGACCGAGAGAGAAAGAGUUCUCCGUUUUUCAGGAAAGCUUUGGCUGAAAAGGAGUCACUGGUACGAGAAAUUGACAAGCUUCGACAUCAUGCUCAAAAACUGGAACAGAUGUUGGCUACCAGCUCUGUUUCACGUAAUACUCCUCAUUCAGCUGGACGAAGUAAAGGGGGCAGUCUAACUUCGACAGAAAGAAGUGGUGGAGGUUCAUCAGGGCGUUUUGCGACCAGUACUCCUAUCAGCGACUGCUUGGAAACGGACGGGUUUAAGUUGGCUGGUGAUAAUCGUUCAAUUAGUCGAGUAGCUGCUGCUUUUUCUCGUAGUGGCAUAGAACCAAGUCCUAUUGCAUUAUCCGCUUCUGCCAUUACAACCCCUGAUAUGCUGGGCCUGAGAAGACGCUCGGAGAAAUUCGAUAAAACCUGGUUAAAUGGAAACGGUGCAACACCAAAUCACAUAUUUUCAUAGACCAAAUGUUGAAACCUAAUGUCCCGAAUGCGAUAUCCA